AAGCCCAAAAAAGUGUCAAAGAGUGCCAGUUUCCUCGCCACACUGCCAGCAGACAGAAGAAACAUUCGGACUAAGAGCAUGGAGAACCUCAGGAGUCCCAUACCAAAACAUCAGAAUGUGAUAAGUAUUUUCUUUAUAUACUACACAUAUAGAAGAUCUGGAGCCAACCUCCCAAAUCCUGCUCCAUUGAUCCAAGGCAAUGUCACAUUGGAGGAUUCGGGGCCAUUUACACAUUUAAAAGGUGAGUAUCAAUAGAAAGGGGGCCUGCGUCUAAAAGCAGCUUAUAUGUAGAAGAAAUUAUGCCCGUUGGUAUGGGCCUUGGAUGCAGAUACGCUUAAAGUGGGUAGGUUUCUCAA